GAGGCGAACUCUGAUGACGUCAUGGCCGACGCAUGGGCGACUUGCGUUCGAUCCGCCAGGGACAGGCACGAACAAAACCUGGAGCUCCUCCGUGGCGAGGACGGCCUGGUGGCACGUACACUGCGGGAGAUAGGGCGUGGCGAGCAGCUGCUGGUCUGGUACGAGGAGGGGCUGGCCAGGGAGCUGGGCGUGCCCAUCCUGACGCUGUCUCACAUUAGAGGUAAGCUGAUACUUGAAACACAUACGCAUACCGUGAAUUUAUGUCUAUGUCCAUUCUGACACUAUCUCACAUUAGGUAGUAAGAUAUCACAUUUUGCGUACUGUGUAUUUCUAAGCGAGUGCCCAUUCUAACCCUCUCUCCUAUUAGAGGUUAGAGGAUAUAUGUGAUAGAUUUCUUUAUACGCGUUUAAAAAAACUUCAGUUGAAGGAGUCUAAGCUUCAGUUUCAAUGCACCAAACGGUUUUAAUCCCUGAGAAGACCACAAAACAAAAUAUCAGUGUAUUUAUAAUGUUUUUUUUUCAAAUAAAAAAUAUUGUGUGAAUCGGAAAAAAUAGUUAGGCGAUUAGAAUGUAUUAUUUUGUCCCACCAAUCCCCUGCGCUUACUGCACAACAGAAGUUCAUGCCAGAAUCAACCUCAUGAGCCAUCUGCGCACCCUCACCCUUAAGAUCACAAUUAGAAUUUACGGUGAUUUACGCGGUCAGUCGACUUCGACUGACCAACUAUAAAUAAAUAUUGUUAUGUAUAGUUAUAUUGUUAUAUAUAUAUAUAUAUGUUAUUCUUAUUAUUAAGAGAUCUUAUUAGCAUAAGUGCUUUUUGUUCUUCGAAACAGGUCACCAAAGCUACAUGUGCACGGGAUGUGGCACGGCGUUCACUCAUCCCAACAUCCUCAAAGCACACAUCUUUCUCCAGUGCAGCCAAGCAGCCACGGCACCGACCUCCACGACGGAAUCUCUGGUUCCCUUCCACCAACUGCUACAAACGAUAAGUAAGAGACCAGAAAGCACAGCCUGGCCCGGCGGUGAACGGAGGCACGUUAAGAGGGUCAAGCAUUCGGCGGUUCCCUUAGCGCCAAAACAGGCGACGUCCUUCCGCCAGCAGGGCUGGGCAAACUCGGGCUCUCGCGACUCCGAUUCGCCCUACAGAUCGGCCUUCCGGACCCUCCCGUCGUCGUCGCGUGAUGUCAAGCUGGAGACUUCCGGAGACGAUGUCCUCAUGACCCCAGAUUCGUCGACGGAUCAGAACUCGGCGUUGAAUUUGUCCGUAAAGCAUGGGGUCAAACAGGGCCUUUCCGGAAGCGGGGGCGACUCCUCUAGCCGCUUGAACUCGUGGAACAUAUUCGCCGCACAGCGAAUGAUGUCACCAACGAUAGCGGUCCCAUUCGACUACCCGACCCUUGCGGGCUGCUACUCCACGAUUCCCCCCCACUUCCACCCGCUGAGCGUCCAGCUUUUGGGUGGGCAGACAUCUCUGCAGACCAGCCACCAUUACACGGCGCUGAUGGAGUCCCGGGUCGGUUGCAAUGGGGAGUAUCAACUGACGACGUCACAGAUGGACGACUUCCAGGACUGCGGGAGUCUGCCCGCAUCCAAUCCCCACUCGUCCAGAAUGUCUCCGUCUGUAAGACAUUUGCGACACGGCAACCCUUACAGUUUCUCGCUGCCUUCGGACAAAGAGCCGUUGGACAUGCUUCCGCAAGCGUACUUCGCCAACAAGUCCAAGAAAGGGCACCUCUGCCUGUGUUGUGGGAAACUAUAUUCUAGAAAGUACGGCUUGAAGAUCCACAUGCGGACGCAUAACGGGUAUAAGCCGCUGAAAUGCAAAAUUUGCUCCCGACCUUUCGGUGACCCGAGUAAUUUGAAUAAGCACGUGCGUCUUCACGCGCAAGGGGAAACGCCUUAUCGGUGUGAAUAUUGCGGGAAAGUUCUCGUGAGGAGGCGGGACUUGGAGCGUCACGUGCGCUCGCGACAUCCAAUGGGAUGCCUGGGAACCGACGAAGGGCUUCCCUUGUGCGAAUCUUCC